UUCCUUACAGUAAAUCCAGUGAUCCACUUCCUUGUGUGUGUGUUAACCCUUUCCUUGGCUAUUGCGAGAUUUUUUUCUUCUUCUAGUAUUAUCGCAAUAUGGGGACACACAUCUGGUAUUUCCUUCUAAUUGUUAACACAAAGCUUGACCACAGAGAAUAGGUACUGUAUGCCAAAAUUUAUUUGGCACUGUUGUUUGUUGUUUGUGGGCGUGUGCAAUUGGGAUGCCACGUGUUUGUCUCUCGAGGAAACGCAUAUAGUCCAGUCUCGAGCACUUCUAAUCAGACACAGCUAUUGAAGGAAGCAGGAAACACCAGGUGAAAAUAUAACUACAGCUGUUGCAAGAACAGGUUUCAAUGGACUGGACCCUAUUUGUUGUAAUUUUGCAACUCGUGCUCAAGCCAUCUCUCGCAGUGUUGUUCACUGUUGAGGCAGAGCAAACUGCAUACAAGUCAAAGUUUGGAGGAGAUGUUGUGAUGGGCUGCAGGUUUCAGCCUAAACUACCAAACAUUCACGCUGACCUGAAGGUGACCUGGCAAUGGAUCGGCUCCACCUCGGCUCGGGAGGUGUACCACAUGGAUAACCGGAAGGAGCGAUUGGAGUCCCGGGACCCGGACUACCGGGGCCGAGUGAAGCUUCUCGAUGCGGAGCUGGAGCAAGGCUGGGCCAAGUUACAGAUCUCCAGGCUCCGGAUCAAUGAUUCCGGUACCUACCAGUGUUUGGUCCAGACAGCAGAAGGAUCUGAUUAUAAAACGAUAUCUCUGUCGGUUGUAGCACCUUAUAAAGCAGUGACUAAACUCAUGCAGAAGGCUGCAGAGGGGGAUGAGGUGCUGCUGACCUGCCAGUCUGAGGGAUACCCCGAGUCCUCUGUUACGUGGCAGGAUGGACACCUGCGGACACUCAGUUCCGAUACCAACACCGUCUCAACUCCAGACCAGCUUUUUAAAGUCACCAGCCAGAUACGUGUCAGGUCAUCAGAGAAAAACAACUACACGUGUAUCUUUACAAAUGAUGGCCAGUCUGCAACAUUUCAUAUUCCAGAUGAAAUACCCGUUCCUCCUGUAAAAACUGAUGCUGUCGCCGUUGCAUGGAGCAUAGGAGUGACAAUGAUAAUAGUUGGCAUCAUCGUUGCAGUGAUCAUGUGUCGACGACAAAAAGGCAAAGAAAAGGCUAAAGACAAUGAGGAAGAGAUAACUAUUUUUAAUGAAGGUUGCGUAGAGGAAAAUCUGGGGGCGUUUCUGAAAGCCCAUUAUUCCAAAUUCUCCUUCAGCACGGAGGUGAGACACCACUGGGAGGCUUUUGUUUCGGAGGAGUUGCCUAAAAGGCUGCAAAACAAUAAGGGCCAGCCUGUGAAUCUUCAAGCUUUACUCCCAGAAGCUGGAGAGACACUUUUCCUCGAGGGACCCCCAGGAAGCGGGAAGACAACCCUAGCCCACAUCCUGGUCUCUUCUUGGACAGAGGGGAACAAACAUGCCCUCUCUGACCUCCUCGAUCUCAGCAAACUUCUACUUCUCCUAUAUGUCGACUGCAGCAAAGUGAAGGUGGACUUGUUUAAAGAAAUAACGGUUCAACUUUCUCUCACGGGAAAGAUAUCAACGGAGGAUGAGCUGAAAGCUGUGUUGACAAGGUCCAGUGGGGCUCUGCUGUUGUUGGAUGAGUACAGAGAAGAGAACAAGUGUUUCGAUGAGUCCUUGAGGAAGUUUCUAAUGGAAAAAGGAGAAUGCAGGGUGCUGGUCAUGACCUGCCAGGAACACUGCCCCAUACUCAAGGACACAGUUGGGACAGACAGGGUGUUGCAGCUCCAAACAGUAUGACAUACUGAGGGCAACAAAGACAUUAAGCACUUGUUACAUGUUAAACAAACAUUUAUAUGAUGUUAAAGGCAGGGUUGGUGCUGUUGAGAAACUAGCAAGAGUACACAAGUAACCCAAAAUGUAUUUGAAGAAUAUUACCAACCCUACCUUUAAUAUGUUUUUUUUUUACACAGACUGUUUGGUUAUUUUGUAUAUAGGCCCAGAUAUGCUGCAACAUUUUUUUGUAUUCAAUAUAUGUAAUAAAUACUACUUUUGUAAUCUUUAUAA